AUGAGCGUAAACGACAUGAUCGCUUGGCAUCAACACCUUCAAACCCCAGUACUCUUUAAUCACCACGAACCUUACGCAGUUAAUUCAAGUACGAUCUCGCACAUCGACCUGAAUAACAUCAAAUCUACGCCACGAGCCAUCAGCAAUCAAGAACGUGUCCUUAUCCUGACCCCACUCCGAAAUGCUGCACCAUACCUUACCAAACACUUUGACCUUCUCUCCGACCUGACAUACCCACAUGACCUUAUAGAUCUAGCUUUCCUCGUUAGCGAUUCCACGGACGACACUCUAGCCGUACUUGCAUCAGAGUUGGACAGAAUACAGAAGCGUGAGGACAAGAUCCGCUUUCGCAGUGCAACGAUAGUGGAGAAGGACUUUGGCGUAGGCGUAGAGAUGGAAGUGGAAGAGAAACAUGCCUACAAGGCCCAAGGCCCAAGGAGGAAAGCCAUGGCUAGGGCGCGCAACUAUCUACUCUACGCCGCGCUCAAGCCCGAGCACUCGUGGGUCUAUUGGCGCGAUGUCGAUAUCGUUGACAGCCCGAAAAAGAUUCUGGAGGACUUUAUGGCACAUGACAGGGAUAUUCUUGUUCCAAAUAUCUGGUUUCACCGAUAUGACAAUGGUCAGGACAUCGAAGGGAGGUUUGACUACAACUCCUGGAUCGAAUCACCGCAGGGUUUGAAAUUGGCCGCAAGUCAGGACAAGGAUACCAUUAUUGUUGAAGGUUACAAGGAAUUCAAGACAGGCCGCAAACAUCUUGCCAAGAUGGGCGACUGGAGGUUCAAUAAGGACGAAGAGGUCGAGUUGGAUGGUAUUGGCGGAGUGAAUAUUCUCGUCAAGGCUGAUGUGCAUAGAUCUGGUAUUAAUUUCCCUUGCUACGCAUUUGAGAACCAAGCGGAAACGGAAGGCUUUGCGAAAAUGGCCAAAAGAGCUGGGUAUCAGGUCUACGGGUUACCAAACUAUGUGGUAUGGCAUAUUGACACAAAGGAGAAGCCUGGGAACGCAUAA